AUAGUUUCUUGUUUAAACGUGUACACGAAGAAAAGAUCCUUAAACUGCUACAUUUGAGAGGUGGAAAUAAAUAAUUUACCUACUUUUCCACUACUGCUCUCAACCACACGUCUCUCACUUUUAUUUUUUUCUUGUAGCGGAAGUGCAUCGAUGUCAUUUCCGCUGCGCGAAACCGAACUUUGGCGCCACAUCUUACAGCUUGGAAGAGCCCCUCAGAACGAAAGUCUUUAAACAUGGAAGAAAGCCGGCAGUAAAACGUCGUGUGUUGAAGGCAUUAGAUGCGUCACCGCAGCUCACGCAGUGGAGCAGCAGAGCCGCUCAAAACGAAGCGGAAUAAGCUCCCUUCGCUGAGCCCUCCGUUGACAACACGGUUGGUUAAAACGGUUUUUGCCAACAGCUCAUUUAACGUUCACCUCGGUAGUAAAUACACGCAGCUGUGGCGGUACAGUCCGUCACCAUGAACAGGACCAAACUAAAGAAAAACAAGACAUUUGACCUGUUGGGUCAGAAGAACAUCUCCUCCUUCUUUUCCUCUCAAAACCACCAAAAGGCAUUGUCGACUUCCCCAAAAUCUACUGGAACUGCAUUUGCAAGGACUGAACCUCUGAUCAACGAUGGUGAAACCUACACAUUCAGAUCCCAAUCACCCUUAAAGAGGAGUGUCCUCGGGGACCUUGACAACUUUUUGCCCUCCUCGCCUGAUCUUCUCUCUGUGCCUGAGACCCCCACGAGUCAGAUCAGGGGGGCCCCUUCUUCUUACAGAAAUCCAGGUCGCCUGAGCCCCCAGCCCAGCAGAGAGGAGAGCCUGCAGGAGCUCUGCCAACUGUCCCCCAUCUGUCGCAGUCCCCGCUCCAGAGGGCACAGCGCACGGGUAGUUAUGACCGAGGAGGGAGGAAAUACCAAGCGGGAAGAGGGAUGUUCUGGCUCCGUAAAGAGAGUCCUCAGCCCUCCUCAAGACUCUAACAUUGCCAAGAGACCAAGAAAUGUCAAUGUGCACGCACAAAGAACUACACGCUGCCCCUCGGGUAGCGAUCUGACUGUAGCCAGGCCAGGGAUCGGUGUGUUGAAGACACCUCAUUUUCUAAGUGACCAGUCUGAGAGGUCAGAGGGUCACAGCGGAGGUGUCAGUGUGGUCUUCAAUGAGAACAAAAAUGAUUUUGCGGAACAACAAGAACGGAGAAAUGACAAUGCGACAGAUUGUGGUUUUACGGGGAUAACCGAGCAGAAAGCUGCUCAGGUGCAGGAUGCGCACCCUCUCAUUGCUCACGCGCACAAACCUAGUGCUCAAACAGCCAGAACACCUGCAACAAAGAGAAGUGAACGGGAGGGAGAGAUUUACCUUAGCAAGGCCAGAGCCACAGUGACCGCCAUGACCUCGUCAAAUAAAGAUGGAGAGCAUGUGACACCGGAUCAGCGAGCUGGAGCAGAUAAUGGAACGACGGCAUCGUGUCCUGUGGAGGAUUUGUUGGACGAGAGCUGGUUUGCAGAGCAGAUGGAUGACAGUGACCGUGUAGUCGCAGAUGAUGCAUCAAAGAAACCGCGUAAAGUGCCGGACCAUGUGAUCCUUUGUGGAGGCCCCAACAACCGCUACUGGGUUUUAGAUGUGGAGGAGAAGCCUGGCCUCAAAACACUGACCGUCUCAUGCUCCAAAUCGUUCCACCCGACUGAAACGUGUCUGUUAAGAGAUGGAUGGGAGAUGACGCCUGUUUGUUGUGGGGAUGUGGUGCAUCUAGAGGGCCGCUCUGAUGGUGGAUCCAUGCUAGUGGACAGAGAGCAGGGCUUCCUGGUUUUACUCCCUGAUAGUCUUAUCUCAGGUACAAGCAUCUCUAACUCCAUCCGCUGUAUGAGACAAGCAGUACUGGGAGAUAUGUUCAAGAGUUUUGACGGCGGCUCAAAGCAAAUGCUGAACGGCACCAUGGUCCAUGAAGUCUUCCAGAGAGCAGCUACAGCUAAAGAUUUUUCUUUGGAGACACUUUCUAGAAUGGCUGACCAAGCCCUUUGUCGUCCUCAGUACCUGGGAGACAUGUACAGUUUGGGUGUCAGCCAGGAAGAGAUGAAGCAGGAACUGCAGGAUUAUCUGCCCUCACUGGAACAUUGGGCAAAGGAAUACCUGAGCUCCCCCACACCAAAAUCCAUUAGCCUAAAAAUAAACAGCAGAGAGCCGAGCAGAUGCCAGGAUGCGGCAACCGUUGUCACGGUAGCAGAGCUGGCAGAUAUAGAAGAGAAUGUGUGGUCACCACGAUUCGGUCUGAAAGGGAAAAUCGAUGUAACGGCACGGAUUCGAAUUCAAAACACACGGAGCUGUAGUCGCAGCACGCCGGAGGAGAGGACCGUUCCCCUGGAGCUGAAGACAGGAAAGGAGUCAAACUCAAUAGAACAUCGCAGUCAGGUGAUUCUUUACACUCUGAUGAGCUGGGAGAGAUACAACUCUGAAGCCGGCUUGCUGCUUUACCUCAAGACUGGCCACUUGCACCCCGUAGUGGCCAGCCACAUGGACCGCAGAGAGCUGCUGAAGCUGAGGAACACCCUGGUUCAUCACAUUCACAACUGUGUGGAGAAAGAGGCCAAGCGCAGCCGUCUGUCUCAAAUUCCUGAGAUCCUGACCAACAGACGAACCUGCCAGUAUUGUCCUCAGAAGAGAAACUGUGCUUUAUAUGAAAGGGCAGUCAAUGGCAGCUCUGCUGAUGCCUGCGAGGACACUGUGCGUGACUUCCUUCAGCAGGAGACGGGUCACCUGAUCCCGCCACAUCUGAGCUAUUUCUCCCAUUGGCUGCUGCUCUGCUGCCUAGAGGCUGCCAGCAUGGAGGCCAAGAAUGGCCGAAAGCGUGUGUGGCUUCAGACGCCUGAGGAGAGUGAGAUGACUGGGAGCUGUGUGGCGAAUGUGCAGCUCAGCGGCCCGGUGGCCGUGCGGUCCGAAGGGGUUUUCCUCCAUCGUUUCCAGCGAAGCAGCGUGGGUCCUCAGGGGGGUUUGGCCAGCAGCGGUUUGUCCAGCGGAGAUCGCAUAGUUGUUAGUGACCAGGAAGGUCGACUGGUUGGUCUGGCAACAGGUUACCUAUGUGAGGUCAGCCGGACAUCGAUCAGCUGCACUCUGGACAGAGACCUGUCCAAGUUCAGUGGUGUGCUGUUUCGAUUGGACGGCGAUGAGGGUGUGGUGGGCCUCAGCACUCACCUCACCAAUCUCUCCAGGCUGAUGGAAAGCUGUCCGGACAGUGAUCGGCUGAGGGAGCUGGUUGUUGACCUCCGUCCUCCAGAGUUUAUUCACAACCUCAGUUCUGUUCUGCCGAGGGAGGCCAAGGACACUGUGGCCAAUAUCCUCAAAGGUCUCAACAAACCCCAGAAGCAGGCCAUGAAGAAGGUGUUGUUAUCUAAAGACUACACACUGAUUGUUGGCAUGCCAGGCACAGGCAAAACCACGACCAUCUGUACCCUGGUUCGCAUUCUCCAUGCGUGUGGGUUCAGUGUGUUGCUGACCAGUUACACGCACUCUGCUGUUGACAACAUCUUGCUAAAGCUAAAGCGCUUCCGGGUUGGCUUCCUGCGUCUUGGGCGGGGGCAGAAGGUUCAUCCAGACAUCCUGCCCUACACGGAGGAAAGUGCAAGAAAGGAUGGAGUUCACAAUCUGUCAGAGUUGGAGCAUCUUUAUAACAAAGAGCUGGUAGUGGCCACCACCUGCAUGGGCAUCAAGCAUCCCAUUUUCACACGUCGGCGGUUUGAUUUCUGCAUCGUCGACGAAGCUUCACAGAUCAGCCAGCCCAUCUGUCUCGGACCCCUGUUCUACGCCAAGAGAUUUGUCCUGGUGGGAGAUCACCAACAGCUGCCACCAAUAGUACAAAAUCAGGAGGCGAGGUCACUCGGGAUGGACGAGAGCCUUUUUAAGCGGCUAGAGCUCCAUGGAGAAUCAGUGGUCCAACUCAAUGUACAAUACCGGAUGAAUAGGGAGAUAAUGUCUCUCAGUAACUCCCUGAUGUACGAGGGCCGGCUGGAGUGUGGAUCCGAGAGGACGGCCACGGCUCUGCUCACGCUGCCCUUCCUGCUCUCUGUCCAGUCGCAGCUCGGCUCCUUCUCCAAGUGUCAUCCGCAGCUCGACCUGACCUGGAUCCAUGCCACGUUGUUGCCGAGCAGACCGGUUUGCUUCCUAGACUGCUCCAUGGUGCCGGCGCUGGAGUCGGUGGAGAAGGGGGGCGUUAGCAAUCACACCGAGGCUGCUCUGAUACACAAUUUGCUUUUGAUGCUGAUAAAGGCCGGGUGUAAGCCCAGUGAUAUAGGCGUCAUCGCCCCCUACAGGCAGCAGUUAAAGAGUAUCUCUACUCUGCUGCAGUCCUCUGCUUUCACCGGCGUGGAGGUGAAUACAGUGGAUAGAUACCAAGGACGAGACAAAAGUCUGAUCAUUUUUUCUUUCGUCAGGAGCACCUCAGAGGAACGAAACUUAGGAGAGCUGUUGAAGGACUGGCGUCGCCUGAAUGUGGCCAUUACCAGGGCCAAACACAAGCUGCUGAUGGUGGGGUCCGCCACGACGCUGCGACGCUACGCCCCUGUGGAGAAACUGCUUAACCAUCUGCAGCAAGAGAAUAUGAUUAUCCAGCUCCCCCAAGCGGCCGACAAGGUCCUGCCAAGCGCGUUCCUGUGAUGGAAGUAUGUGAAGCCAUGGAGGUGUUUCAGGGCAGAGAUGUUAUGCCAAACUGCACUGAAUGAUGGAUCUGAAGGGUGCGAUCAGAACCAAUGCGACCAGUUGGUGGCCUGUAACUGGAGGUCAGAAGCCGAGGUGCCGUUGUGGUAAACAAUUGAAAUAUUAAAAUGCAUCUUUUCCUUUUGCCACGUAAUCACUUAACUUAAUCUUCAGACUGAACCUCAACAAGGUUUGUGAAAGAUCUUUAGGCAACAGCUGCUAGUCUUAAUGUUGAUCAAUUAUAAUUACAUUUAAUGCAUCAUUUUAGAAGUAUCAAUAGUUAAUUGUGUUUAAACAAGGUACUGUUCAUUGUAUACCUAAAAUGUUUUUAUAUCUUACUGUAUCUUUAGGAUGGUUGACCUGUAACUAGUGGCUCAUGGUCCUGGGUUUCGGGCAACUCGCCAGCCUCAGCCAGAAGCCUAAACAAUGACCGAAUACCUCUAUCGAUACACUGACAAUAUAUCAUCGUUGGUAUUAUAAAGACAACAAAAAGUCUCCUUGUAAUGUGAAUAUGGAGACCCUAUACCUGAUGUCACUACAGGAUAAACUCAUCAAGGUCAGUCAUCUGAAACAAAACCUUUAAGUGAAGCUAUAUUGCAAUACAUUGCGAUGUUCAUUUAGUUUUAAUUAAUAUCUGUUGUUCAAUUCGAACCUCAAGUACAUGCAUAAGAGAGGCGGUAAUAUGUAGUUUCUUGUUUAGAAGUUCAACACGGGACUUUAUAUGUACUUGACAGUACUCUGUUUUGAUUGGUGAAUGG